ACCAUGGCAGGCAAAUUCGAGCCCAAAGUUCCCGUCAAGCUCAACCCUCCAAAGGACGACCCUAUCUCCAAGGAGUUCCUCUCUCAAUGCACCGGCGUGGACGGCGCUCUCUGCUAUGUCGCAAUCAAAGGGAAAGUCUUUGAUGUGACGGGCAAUAAAGCCUAUCAACCAGGAGGUUCUUACCACGUAUUCGCUGGGCACGAUGCCUCCCGCGCCCUCGCAAAGACCAGCACAAAAGCCGAAGACGUCUCGCCCGAAUGGGCUGACCUGCCCGACAACGAGAAGAAGGUACUAGACGAUUGGUUCACAUACUUUUCCAAGCGGUACAACAUCGUGGGCGUUGUCGAGGGAGCAGCGAAUCUCUGAUUCCAUCCAUGAUAUUUCACAGAGGGGACGCAGUCUGCCAUGCUGCUUAUGUGAAGGGAGUUGAGGCGAGUGCAUGAUGUUACAAGGAAGUGAUGAGAAUAGAGACCG